AUGCAUACUGUUUUUCGUGUCGAUGACAUCAAACAGACGGUCAGCAACAGUCGCCUAUGGGAAGUACAAUUGACUCUCACAGGCGACAAUGAUCCACAAUUGGCUACUCUUACUGAACGCAUAAAAGGGGAACUCUAUGGAUCCACAGGAUGGCAUCAACUGGGUCAUCUAAUGCUCAAAGGUGGUCACUUAAAUCAAGCUGAAGAACUUUACAACGAAUUACUGAAGAACACGUCCAGCGAUACGGAUAAAGCAGAAAUAUAUCAUAUGCUUGGAUUCUUGAAAAACGAUCAAGGACAAUACAAAGAAGCAGUUUCAUUUUAUGAAAAAUCACUUGAAAUCAAGCGAAAAACUCUUUCAGAAGAUCAUUCUUCAUUGGCUCCUACCUACGCUAACAUCGGUGCAGUGUAUUACAACAUGGGUAACUACUCGAAAGCACUUGAAUUUUAUGACAAAUCACUAAAAAUCGGCGAAAAAUCUCUGCCUCCGAAUCAUCCCGAUUUGGCUACUUCCUACAACAACAUCGGUGAAGUGUAUAGAAACAUGGGUAACUACUCGAAGGCACUUGAAUUUUACGACAAAGCACUUAAAAUCGACGGAAAAUCUCUGCCACCGAAUCAUCCCGAUUUGGCUACUUCCUACAACAACAUCGGUAACGUGUAUAACAACAUGGGUAACUACUCCAAAGCACUUGAAUUUUACGACAAAGCACUUAAAAUCAACGAAAAAUCUCUGCCUCCGAAUCAUCCCGAUUUGGCUACUUCUUACAACAACAUCGGUGGAGCGUAUGACAGCAUGGGUAACUACUCGGAAGCACUUGAAUUUUACGACAAAUCACUUAAAAUCAACGAAAAAGCUCUGCCUCCGAAUCAUCCCAAUUUGGCUAGUUCCUACAACAACAUCGGUGGAGUGUAUAACAGCAUAGGUAACUACUCGAAAGCACUUGAAUUUUACGACAAAUCACUUAAAAUAAGAGAAAAAGCUCUGCCUCCGAAUCAUCCCGAUUUGGCUACUUCCUACAACAACAUCGGUGAAGUGUAUACAAACAUGGGUAACUACUCGAAAGCACUUGAAUUUUACGACAAAUCACUUAAAAUAAGAGAAAAAUCUCUGCCUCCGAAUCAUCCCUCAUUGGCUACUUCCUACAACAACAUCGGUCUUGCGUAUAACUACAUGGGUAACUACUCGAAAGCACUUGAAUUUUACGA